UGUUUGGUGUUGUGUUGAAAAUUCAUGUGUACUAGGUUGAACUAAAGCCGAGUUUGUUUACGCAGAUCCCCGAACGAUCCUGUUAAUCACUUUGAUCCGUUUUCACCACCGCGAGCGCCAGUCUCUGCAAGUGAGCGAGCAAAACUGGUCAAAAGUGAGUCCAAGCGAAGACGACGUCGCCGAAAUUAAACAGAGUUAAAUUUUCGAAACGAUACUUAAAAAUCCAGUUCCAGUGCGGCGAAGAAGGUGGUUGCGUGCCGGUAGUGUCAGUGUGUUAUGCGAAGUCCCUGCAGCAAAUCACCUCUGCUUUAUAAUAAAAAAUAUAUAGUUGAGAGACCGAAAUUCGCCGCCACCGAGGAAGAAGAAAGAUAGCAACAUUAACAAAGAAAAUAAAAAAGAGUUUAUUAUUAUUGCCAGCAAUAAUUUCCAAAGCCAGAUCUACGUCUUGUUCUUGCUGAGAGAGUGUGCUGUUUGAUUUCUCGCCCGGCCGAACAGGGGAAGAGUGAUUAAAAAGUAAUCUCCAUCGUCGGAUUGGAACAGGGAAGAUCGAGUUUGCGAAAAUCAAAAAAAUCAGUGCUUUGGUUGAUGUUCCUGGUGCCGGAAGCGAAGCGGGCGCAGGGGUUGUCCCAAAACGGUUCCAAAAUAGCAUUAUAAUAUUGGAGAGGAAAAAAAGUUUAAUAAUAGAGUGUGAGUGUUUGUUGGAGAUUUGAAGUCGCGGUCAGGAGAAAGAAGGAACCGCAAGUGGAUCAAGUCUAUACCUUACAUACCAACCAUACGUACGUACAUAAAUGGAGUGUUGUUUGUGAUUUUUUUUUUCGGUGUGUGUUUUAGUAGCGAAGGUUGAAUUUCGACGUUUCUGCUGUUUCUUCAAGUUUGACAGAGUUUGUGAUUUUGGAGACUGUGGAAAGUGGAAACUGCUGCUGCUGCUGCUGCUGGUGGAACGAGUUUUCGUGUCGUGGUUUGGAUUUUAGUGUUUUUUUUUAUGAUUCGGUACUGUGCCUGAAUUUGGCGCUCCUGGAACAAACAACACACUUGAGAGUUGAUGCGUUUGUACUGAAGGUGCAACUGCCGAAGGGGAUUGUGGUUGCUGCUGUUGGAGAAAGACGUUUUUCGCGGAACAGAAGUCGUUGCUACAGCUCGUUUCGUGAAUCCCUAAAUGGAUUAACGCCGUUAUUAGUCGGGGGCGCAAUAACCGCUGCCAUCAUCAUCAUCAUCAUCAACAACAACAUCAACAUCAAUACCGUCAACAUUGCCGGGCGGUCACUUCGAGAAGGUGUGAAAGAGAACAUUAACCAUCAUUUCCCACGGAACGAUGAACAUUGGUACGCCGGCAGACAAAUUUGUGCGAUAGUCCCUGCCUGUUGAUAGCAAGUCUUAAAAUCUACCAAAAUAAAAAUUCGACACCGUGAAUCAACGAACCGACGAAUGGUAUAAAGCUAAGGUGAUUCCGCUGGACGGAGACAACCAUCAUCAUCAUCAUCGUCGUCGUCGUUGAAGUUUUUAAUGAAUCGAGUUACCACCAACCGAGCGAGUGACCCAUCUUCCACACUUGAAUUCCACUAAGCGACAAAACUAUGUAAACAAAGGAAGACAACCAACGGAUAAAUCCCCAAGUAAUCAGCAUCCUUACCCUGCUGCAUAUGCUCUGAAUCACUACACACCAAAAUGAAUGGCUUAUCCACAUUGAACCGGUUGCUCGGCAAACGGAAUAAAGAUGUAUCCAAAUCCACUUCGAACCUCAGCCGGUCGACAACCAACCUGGACAGCUCUAGUCAGUACAACAAGAUUGUCCCGCUGGCCGCCAUGACCAAUGCCCCGUUCGAACAGACCUUCCGUAUCACGGUCCUGCUUCCGCGGGAGCAACUAUACGUGACCCGAAUCGGCGCCAAGACGCGCCUGUCCGUCCUUAUGGACAUGGUGUGCAGCGAUAAGCAGCUGGAUGUGCAAAAGUACCUCUUCCGGCAUCCGGCAGACUUUCAUCAAGGUUUCGAUCUGGAUCUGACCAUCGGCGAAGUAGGCCUCAAUGAAAUCCGGUUGAUAUCGAAGAAAGAACUGGAAAACCUGCAGAACAAUGAGUACCGGUUGAGCACUAGCGACAUCUUCCGGUUACAUCAGAAGAACAUCCGAGAAAAUUCGGUUUCUUCGUCGGAUCUGAGUCGAACGUCUCGGAUUGCGCUCAAGACUACUAGUCCGUACAGUUCAACGAAUUCUCUCAAUUCGAUGGACUCUUCCGGGUUGAGUUCCAGCUCCCGGGGUGGUUUGAAUGGUAAUAACCACCACCCACCGGUGGCUCCAACACGAAAAAAACGAAUGGCUCCGCGGCCACCCAGUCAGAACUCCAUCCCGGAAAAAGCUCCACUGGAAAUCAACAAAGAUGAUCACAUCUUCAAAGAACCUCAGCUUCCGCCUUACUCGCGGAAGAACUUUCACGUGUCUUCUCCUAAUCUCUACAACGGGGACCUAAAGCCGGCGGAUACUGCAAUCAACAACAACAACAACAAUGAUUACAACGGCCCGUCCGAAACGAACGGUAAUGGCCAUCAUGUAGAAACGGUCGAAGAAAUGAACAAUCUGAUCAACACCAAAACGUCGUACAGCACGCUGAAGAAUCGUCCCACGUCAAUGUACAUCAUUCGGGAACCGGCCGACGUGGAGGACCAUAAUGACGACCAACACCACCACCAGAACAAUGAUGAUAACCUACAGCGUGCGUCGCUUCAUGACACCGGUAGCAGUAUGCAAGAGAUCGUAAACCACUCCCGCACCUCGUCCAAUUCAUCCGAGGUCAAAGAUCCUCGUGAUUUUCAGGAAGGUCCGCAAAUCAUCCCCACCCCUCGGAAGCGGCUCAAUUCGAACGCUAAGAAAUCGAAAGCUCCGGCACCGGCUCCGCCUCCACGGGGUGUAUCGCUGGGAUCGAAACGGGACGUUUCGGAACCGACGAUUGUGCCGACACCAUCGCCGAGGGCACCGGUUCGUGCCGCAGCUGGCGACGGCGUCCCAGUCCGGGAUGGGGAGACGAUCAUUUCCGAAUCGGAUUCCAACUUUAGUGAGACGGAUUCCGAGAUGCAGAAGAAUAGAGAAACUGUCAACCAAAUGAACGCAGUCAACAGCACCCACCAGCCGGCGGCAGGCACCACCACCAGCACCAGCCCCCCGGCCGUUACUCCACCGCUCCAAUCACAACAGAACGUAUCGAAAGUUAUGCUCAAUGUGGAUCAACCAUCUUCGCUGAGCUCAACCGAGCCGCCGCAGUCGCUUUCCCCGGAAGCCGAACGCAAACCCUCGAGCGGAGCCUCCUCCGUAUCGAUCAAAAUCGUCAAUGACAGUUCUUCCCUCCCGAAUGGCCAUUCGAAACCUUCCACCCCGAUCAUUUCCAAAGUGCACAUCGUCCCGGGCACGCAAAGUGAGGAAACCACGGAUCGACGUCAUUCCAACGGAGACAACAGCUCCGACGAGGACAUUAAGAUCUACAACAUCGAGUCCGGAAAGGAGAUGCGAAUUCCGGACAAGAAGGAGAUUCGAUCGCCCAGUCCGGAAGAGGAGGAACAGUGGACCUAUACGCUUCCGGCGCCACCCAAGUUUGCCGAUUCAUCGAUCAAAUCGGGAGAAUACGACGAGAAGCAGAGGUACUUUGAGCUGCAGUCGACGUUCGUCGACAAUACGACGAUCGUGACGGAUCGGAUGACGAUCCGUUCGGAUGAGACGGAGCAGAUCCGACCGAUUAUCAGGGAAAAGGUUCUGAUGGAUGAAAGUCUAGAGGAGAAGUGUUCGUCGCCGACGGAGACGUUGGUGGAGAGUGAAGGCGGCAACAGUAGUGUGACUACGGGAGAGAUUAUGAUCAAUUCGGAUAUUGAGGAUGGAUAUCGCGGCGGCAGUGAGCUGCGGCAAUCGAUGAUCCAGACGCUGGAGAAACGGAGGGAGAAACUGAAGGAAAGUGAGCUGCAGGAUCUGAAGGAAUCGAUCGAAGGGGUGGUUGUCGAACGGAGGAAGGAACAGGUGGAGGAGCUGGAGGUGGUGAACGAGAGUGAUAUUAUGAAAUGUGCCAAAUUGAAUGAGGAAACGGUGGUUGAUGAUUACACGAUGGUUGUCAAGAGGAGCAGCGUGGUUAGUGUCACGCGGUCCCAGUCGGUGAUUGAGGGUAGGAGACUGUCGGUGGAGAGAUUGCCGACCGAGAGCAGAAAGAACGAGGUGAUCAGCGAGCUUAGUCAGGUUAUAAAGGAGGAGCACGGUUUGAGAGGUGUGCUGAAUGGGAAGAGGCUGCAGGAGGAAGAGGAGGAGAUUCCCGGAGCGAAUAAGAACAGUUUGAGCAACUUUAAGAUAUCCAGCUACAGCGGCGGCACCGGGGAGAACAAGGAGAAUUGGCACGACAAGCAAGGAGAAAUGGUUAACGGACAGGACGAGAAGCCCGAAUCGGCCCCUGCAUCGCCGCAAAAGUCCGACAGCGAGGAGGAAAGCAACGUCAUUGUGCGGCGCAAAAUCUCCGCCGAUUCGAUCCUGCGCGGCAGCAAGUUGAGCAGCGAUGAGGACGAAUCGUGCUCGGCCCGGUUCGGCAACAAAAACCACCAAGGUCCGGUCAAGCGACGCAGCCUUACUGUGCUGAACAAAUCGCCGAAGAACAUCAACCGCUCGGAUAGCUUCCACUCGACCCGUUCCGAUUACAUCCAGUCGCUACAGUCCGGCGCCAACGGGCUGAGGAUGACUCCACGCAGUACGUCCUACAUUUCGCUGAUCGGGGCGCAGAAGUUUGAGAACCGGUUUGCCCAGAGCAACCGGAGGAAAUCGACCAGCGAGAUGAGCAUCUGCGAUUCGCCGUCACUGCAGAGCUUGGAAGUUAUAAAGAACAUUUUGAACAGUUCCCGGAAUAAUUUGUCGACGGAGAAGAAGGAGCUGCAGGAGGAGCUGCCGAUGGCGGCGAUCAAGCGUAAUAGUUUCACCGACAUUUCUACGUUGGUUCAGUACAAGACCGAAGUAGUCAGGAGCAACAAUCUGGUCAGACGGGAGAGUAUGGUUGAGAAGAAGAUUGAGGAGGUUGAGAGCAAGAAUUCGUUCGAAGAAGAGAAGGAGCAGAAACCGGCGAUGGAGAAGAUCGAGACGGUGAUCGCCAGCAAGAUGGAAGAUUCGGUAAGUAUGAAGAUUACCGAUAGUGCGAAGGUCAUGAACGAUAGAUUGGUUGAUGUAUCAAAUGAGUCAAAGAGCGAUGAUGAGAAGCUGCAGAAUAGACAACUGUCCGCAGCGGUUGCUAAGCAACCGCAAACUACAGUGGUGAACAUUACCACCACAAGCACGACAGUCGCCAAUAGUGGUGUGAGCGUUACUGUAAACGCUGAACAGAGCGACACUGCUGCUGGCAAACGCUGGACGUAUCAAGGUCCUCCAACGAUCAACUUCACAACCUGGAGUGAACGUCCGAAGAUUGACGUUUCGAUCAAAUCCGACCGCGAUUACCGAUUCGGCGGAAGCUCCACCCUCCCUCGAGGCUAUAGGAAUGUAAAUAAUACCACCAAAAUCAGCCUUAAUUCCACACCAGCGCCAUCUGUGGAGACAGAGAACGGUAUCGAUCAACCCGAUUCCCGUGAACACGUGCCAUUGAACAACGGUGAACCGCAAUCGCUUCCGGAGGUCGAUACGAACCCACAGGAGCCGGUUUCGAUCUCCAGUUCCGAUCGUCUACCAAUCGUUCGAGCUGUCGAGUACAAGAAGAAUGUUGUUCCACCUCCGGUAGCUCAGAAACCCCUGGAGAAGCCGUACUUCUACGACACCUACUCACGGAAUCCGGCCACCAUAAAUCGACUUAGCUUUGGCUACAACAAAUUCCAACCCGUUGUCCGAGGUUUCAAGCCCAUGAAUGUGACAGAUUCCCCCUCGAAGCCACGCCCCGUUUCGAUGAUCGAGUCCUCCAAUAUCUCGACCGCCAUUUUGAAAACCACUCCCACCAGAGUAGAGAAACCGGUCGCCGAAGCCCCGUCGCUCCCAUUUGGUCAGAACACCCUUCGUCGAACGGGGCUUAAGGACAAAAUUCUUGCUCAAUCCAUCCCGGAACUGUCAAAACCGAUCGCUGCGGAACCAACGGUUGCGGCUAUCAAAGUGGCUAGCGUGACGGCACCUACACCACCGCCACCUCCGGUGGCCCCGAAACUUACCACUCCGGUCGUGCGGGGUGCCAUCGUCAAGAAACCGCUUACGGCACCCGAAGUGGACCCCCGCACUGCCCUGCUGGACGCCAUCCGGAACUUCAGCAAGGAUAAACUGCGCGUCGAGCAGUAAUCGCGGAGUGAGCUUACCUUGCACUAAUUUCCUUUCUUCGCUACGCUGGCGCCUACGUUGUCGUCGGCGUCGCUUGCUUUGUAGUUAGUCGUUAUUAAUUUAUUACUUUGUUAUAUUCUUUUUUAACUCUAUCCCUUCUUUUUACCCCUUUCUUUAUGUAUCAAAACUGUUGUUUUACUGAUGCUUUAUCAUCCUUUAAUAAAAUUACCCCAUUUUAAUUUGUUUUAUCCAAACAAAAAUCGUUUAACCACAAAUGCACACGCAACACUGCGAGUUAGAGCUAAAAUACAAGCAAACGAGUUAAUUAAUACGGGACCAAAGGUUACAUGGUGUUUUGAUUUAAGCAACAACAACAAAAAAAAAAUAAGCAAUUUUAGCAAAAGGAUUCACGUAAACAACAAGCACAAUAUGGAAAGGAAGCAACAUGGUAAGAUUUUAGUUUUCGUUUUAAUUUUCCUUCGGUAGGAACUACCGUUGAGGGUAGACUUAACCCGCCAUCUGUCUAACAGAUGUUUAACGUUAAAAACUAUAAACUGAAAUAACGUGCACGUUCCAAUGAUUACACAGAAACGCAGAUGAAAAGAAAAACAAACACACAUACACACACACAACCACAUAUUCACACUCGGGUAUUAAUCAUUAAUUCUGUUAACAUUUUCUAUUGAUUGUUUACUGGUAAGCUUAGAUUUCCCUUUCGUACUACAUAUCCGAAUAAGCGGGUUUACAUUAGAUAUGAGGGUCAUCACAAUCAAGACAGCAAGAAAGAAAGUAAAAGCGGAUCAUUCCAUUUGAGCAAUCCUAUGUGAAAUGAAAAGUAAUCAUCAGUCAUUAACAGUUAGGUUGUAUAAUUCUGAUAUAAUAUAUUACAUACUGAUAGUGUUUAACUAUAAUGUUCUACUCGAUAGUAACAUGAAGAAGCAGGCAGCCUUAAUCCGGAUGUUGAAGCAAAUGUGUAAAUUUUUUAACGAUAGAAAUAUUUGGAAUAAAUUGAUAUUAUACUAAUA